AUGUUAUCUCUUCAUCACGACGGUUGCUUCGAACCUUUCAAGCCUCUUAUCGCCGUCACUCUUGCCGACAAAGCCAAAUCCAAUCAAGAAAUGUUGAAGUUCAUUGAAGAAGAAUUCGGCAGCCCCCCAACGCCUUUACCAUUCAUACCGACCCCGCCGAGGACCGGCACCACAUCUAGCCUCACCAAUUCUUCCGACCUGCUUCGUCACUUCAUGCCCAGGCUCAGACAAGAAUUGCAGGGAUUGAUGUACAAUAAUGUCCCAGGUUUGGUAGAGCGUUUCAUCCAGCAGCAUACCUUCGAUCCUGCUUUGCGCCUGGAACCCGACGAAAGCUUUAUUGACGAAAAGUAUGAAGAAACCUUGAAAGACACAACGGAGGGCUCUAUGUUGGAUUGGUUCACUUCUUUUUUUGAUCAGGUCGUCAAACAAAGCCCACAAAUUCGGAAUUCUCGUACUUGGAAGAGUCAACCUACCAUUCCUUUGAAGGGUCUAGAAGCGAUACGCAAGUUGGAUGGUGCAAUCAUGUCCGUGAACUUGGAAAACGAAAAUCGCAUUGAAGAUGUUAUGAUCCCUCUCGAGCUCAAGAUGAACAAAUCAGAUGCCUCAAAGGCUGCCAUGUCCUUGGCCAAAUACGUCUGCCACCUCUUCAAAGCUCAGCCCACCCGAAUCUUUGUCAUUGGGUUUGCCCUGUGCGGAACCUGGAUGCAGCUCUGGCAGUUUGACAGGUCCGGAGCAAUUGGCUCUGAAUUCUUUGACAUCAAAGCGAACAAAAAAAACCUCAAAAAGUUCUUCACUCUCAUUUCAUGGUCAUUGACGUGCGAUAAGCGACUCCUCGGCUUUGAUCCAACCUUCAUUGUCGAUGAAAGUCCUGUCAUCCGAAUCCAAACCCAGGCCGGAGAAUUUGUAAUAGACGAACCCGAAAACCCCAUCUUCCGAGCGUCGGGAAUCUGUGGACGUGGCACAACCUGCUGGAAGGCCCAUCUCGCUGGAGAUGAACGUCAGAAAUUUCUGAUCAAAGACUCAUGGCAACCUGACCACCGGAGGGAAGAAGGACUUAUGCUUCGCGAUGUGACUCAGAAAAACGUACAUCAUGUGGCCCGGUAUUAUCAUCAUGAAGACGUCCAUGUGUCCGGGCAAAGAGUCGACAUAGAAUCUCACGUUCGGGGGGGUACCAAUUUCCAAAGCGGCCAAACAAUCCAAAUCAACGAAAUGCCCGAUGAUGCACAAGUGCUAAAUCAGUUUAUCAAUCGGGUUCAUAGACGGUUGGUUCUCAAAGACGUGGGGAAACCCAUUUCCGAAGCCAAUUCUCCCGUUGAGCUGUUGGAGGCCCUCGAAGGCUGUAUUAAAGGGCAUCAGGCCUUAUUAAACGCUGGAUAUCUUCAUAGAGACAUCUCGAUUAACAAUCUCAUGAUAGACAACCAGACAGCCGAUUCGGAUCGAAAAGCCUUCCUGAUCGACCUAGAUGUGGCUAUUCCCUAUGAUGUAUCAAAUAAAGACUACACAAGAACCGGCACAAAAGUUUUUCUGUCAAUCAGUUUGCUUCAAAAAUGCAAUCCGCACGAUUUUGCGGAUGAUCUGGAAUCAUUCUUUUGGGUUAUGAUAUGGAUCUGUAUCCAUUUUCCUCGCAAAGAAAGGAAACAAACAAGUGUGACAUCAUGGAAUGAGCAGAUCCCGGAAAACUUAGGGUCCAUCAAGAAAGAUCUCCUCAGUGAACCCAGCAGACUUACAAACGAUUUCACGGCCCGAUACAAACAAUCUCAGCCUCUCAUCCAGUGUGUCCACGAUUUUGCCAAAAUCAUGCAAGAUCCCGCUGUCAGAAAAAAGAACUCCGCACAUCUUUAUGGUGAAAUAUUAAAUAUCUUUCAACAGGCUCGGGGAAAGCUCAGCCAGUCAUCAGUCUAA